AUGGAGAGGGCGCUAAGCCUGCCUUCAGACGAAGACUUGUUCCACAAGAGCUUCAGCGCCUCGGCCAAGAGAAUGGAGUCUGCCUUUCGCUCACCCCCGGGGCUCGACCUGGCCGCCCACCAGCAACAGCAGCGCGAGGCGCGGCAAGCGCCGUCGCCCCUCAGCUGCUACGAGCCGGCCGACUCCGAGGUGCUGCUGAGGGAGAGCGCGGCGGGGGCCCUGGUGGCCGGGGACCCGCUGGGCGGCUCGGUCUGCGUCAAGUACGGGCAGAGCACGACCAGCCGCAGCUCGGUCGCCGAGAGCAGCGGCGGCGAGCAGAGCCCGGACGACGACAGCGACGGGCGCUGCGAGUUACUGCUGCGGGGCCCCGGCGGGGGUAGCGGCUCCGGAGUCGUCGUCAGCUCUGGGGGCGCCCUCCUCAAGGCGCCGGAGGGCGGCGCCUGCUCCAAUAGCCACCACGGCGGCGGCGGCGGCGGCAAGAAGUCCAAGGAGCAGAAGGCGCUGCGGCUCAACAUCAACGCCCGCGAGCGGAGGCGCAUGCACGACCUGAACGACGCGCUCGACGAGCUGAGGGCCGUCAUCCCUUACGCCCACAGCCCCUCGGUGCGGAAGCUCUCCAAGAUCGCCACGCUUCUCCUGGCCAAGAACUAUAUCCUC